CAGCUUUUGUCGUUACUUGCACGUGAGGGAUGUCAAACUGUCUUUUACCUUUUUAUUUAUAAUUUGGAUUUAUAGAUGAGUCAUGAAAUUUAAUGGAGUUAAACAAAACACUGUUCUCAAGACAUUCCUUAGAUGCUAUCAUGGGAGAUUACAGCCUUCAAAAUCCAGCAGACCUGAGGUGAUUGCCUCCCAUAAGGAUAAUCGUGUCACAGAGAUUGUGGAUGUUAGAACCCCAGAAGAGUAUGAGGAAGACCACAUACCUGGCUCUGUGAAUCUCCCAGUUCUAACAAGCCUGGAGAGGGAAGAGGUUGGACUUCUUUACAGUACAAACCGGUUCCAGGCUCGAAAACUGGGUGCCUCCUUUAUUUCCAAAAAUAUAUCGGAACACAUAAGAAGUUUCUUUUACUCAAAACCUGAUGAUUAUUCUCCCCUGGUUUACUGUUGGCGGGGAGGCCAGAGGUCCUACAGCCUUGCUCUGGUGUUGGCCCAGAUUGGCUUCGAUACAUUUACACUUGAAAAUGGUUAUAAACAGUACAGACAACAUGUGAGGGAUACUGUAAGGCAAAUACCUGAGGACUUCAGUUAUAAAGUCAUUUCAGGCCUGACAGGGAGCGGGAAGACACGACUCCUACACACGCUUGCCAAGCAGGGCCAGCAGAUUAUUGACCUAGAGGGCCUUGCCCAACACAAGGGCUCCAUCCUUGGGCUCUGGCAUGGCCACACCCAGCCCACACAGAAAUACUUUGAGUCACUUCUCUGUGCUGACCUUGAAAGAUUGUCAGCUGAUAGGUGCGUCUGGCUGGAGUCGGAGAGUGUGAGGAUUGGUAAUGUGUAUGUGCCAGAUGGCCUGUUCAAGAAAUUAAAAGAGGCACCUAGGUUCUGUGUGAAUCUCCCUCUGGAAGAGAGGGUGAAACAUAUCAUUCAUGAUUAUCCAAACUGGAUUGAAAAUAAGGAAGCAUUAAAAGCGACUAUUAGUAAGUUGGUAAAGGUUCGAGGACAUGAGUUCGUAAACAGCUUAUUGGAAGUGAUAGAAAAUGAAGACUGGGAGUUGUUUGUCCGGCGUAUUCUGGUAGAACACUACGAUCCAACUUACACCUUAUCUCAGAAGAAAAACAAUUCCUCACCUGGAACUGAUAAACAGAUGAACAUGUCCAAUGUGAACGAAGAAACAUUAGAUAGAGCUGCUGAACAGUUACAGGACCAUGACAAUGGUGUUGUCAAUUCAAGCAAUGUUUUAUCUCUAGCAUAAAUCUGUUUUUAAUUUUGUUGUUGAUGAUGACUAGAAUACAUUUAUAUAAUAACAUAUGUUGAUAGCAG